AUGUGGGGUAUAACGAUGCCGACAGAUCCUCUACUUCUUAAUGAUUCCGUAUGUAGAAGUUUUUCCUCGAGGUGUCGGCGUCUGUUCCACUCAGGCCCCAUAUUCGGGAUGGGUCUCGUGAUUUUCCUUACUCUCGCUAGUUUAUCUGUCGUCAUAUCCACUUUUUUACCGUUUCGGAAGAUUUUCGCCACAGCUAACGCCUUUUUCUGUGUGUUUUUAUCAUUCUACAUUUUAAGAAGUUAUGCCUUGGCUGCUUGGUUAGGUCCCGGCUUCGUAAAAUUUGGAUGGCAACCGAUCGAUCCUAGAGAUAAAGCGUUUCUACAGUUCUGUACUGUCUGUGAUGGAUACAAACCGCCCCGAUCGCAUCAUUGUCAUACCUGUGGGAGAUGUGUUCUCAAAAUGGAUCAUCAUUGCCCUUGGAUCAAUGGCUGUGUUGGCCAUCUAAAUCACGGUUAUUUUCUUCACUUCGUUCUUUCUGCACCCAUUGGAUGCUUGUACUGUUGCAGCCUGUGCUCGUAUCGCAUAUACUUUGUUCUUACACGGUCGUACGCUUUGUAUAGAUUUGGCUAUGAUUACCGAAUAUUGUUCAACUUCUACGAAAUUGCUAUUUUGCUAAUUGCUCUUGGUCUGGCAUUCGGGGUUAUCUUGGCUGUUGGUGGACUUGGUUAUUGCCAGAUGAAGGGCAUCUUACGCAAUAGAACUGUGAUUGAAGAUUGGAUAAUGACGAAGGCGUCUGAUCGGCGAGGUAGUGAAUCAAAUCCUAAGCCAAUGGUCUACCCCUAUGAUCUGGGAUGGAAGCGGAAUCUGCUACAGAUAGAGCAACUAAAACAGAAGAACCUAAAGAGCAAGACAGCCAUUCCUUUCCGAAUUGAGCGCGCCUACUCAGGUAGUAUGCUGGCUGUAUCGUACGGCUGGCGCACCUGCUGCUGCCCGCCAUGCAGUGGGGAGAAUCUCAUGGCCGUCGCUGUCGGGCACACCGUCCUCGUCACUCGAGCACAUAAGGGGUGGUACUAUGGUCAACUAGUUUCUGCAACAGAGGAGGGCGAUGGCCAUUCCGCUAAGACUCCCAUUAAAGGGUGGUUCCCCAAAGCCUGUGUAUCGGUCGCGGCGAACCGCAAUAGAGGAAAAGCAAAACAAAGUUGA